CUGAUAUAUUAAUCAAUAUGAAAUUCCGAAGUGAAGAUUUUUAUAAAGCUUAUUUAUUAUUAUUAUUAUUAUUUUUGGGUAAUAUAUAAAGGUUAUGGUUCUUCUUGUUUAUGUUAUCUUAUAUUAUUUAUUAAUUUUAGGUAAGGCUGGGAGGGUGUAAAGUGGGCAAACUGAACUGGUCCUCGUUAAGUGGAUAAAUAUUGUGAAAGCAUGACAUUUGAGGUCUGGGCUGGGCUAACCUAGGGGGUCCAAUUCACUCCAGCCCAACUUUUCUUUUGAAAAUAAAAAAAUAAAAAGAGAAAUGCAAAGAAGUCGUCGUCUUAGACUGAUUACUAAUUAGGGUUUUUGAGGGAAAGAGAGAGAGGGAUGGCGAAGUUCAAUGCGGUGCAGAAGAAGAAGAGGGCACAAGUAGCAGAGAGGAAGAGAGCGACAAAAGGUGAUCCACAUACUAGGAAGCUCAAGACCAAGCCCCAACAACAAUCUCUGUCUGUCUCUGGCAAGCGCAAGCGCAAGCUCUUAAAAAAAUGGCGCCGAGAGCAUAAAGAAGCCGUGCAAAAAGGCCUCCUGACUAUACAAGAUGUUGAAAUGGCUGUUGCUGAUGGGGAAUCUCAAGAUGCUCCCAAAACUUCAGCCAAAUUUUCUGUGAAGAAAAGUCUGAAGCUUAGACAAUUAAAGCGCAAAGGAGGUAAGAACAAAAGAAAAUCAUCUAGUAACCAGCCAGCUGCUGAAGUUUCUGUAGAUGCUAUGGUAGAAUAGAUGAUAGGCAAACGCGGGAAGGUUCCUUCAUCUAUGUACUGAUGUUUCGAGUGCUCAAAAAGUUAUCAGUUACUGUUUCGAAGUGCAUUAUUCUUUUUUGUAUUCUUAUUUAUUUCAUUAUUGAAAAAGUAAAAGAAACAUUAUUGUAAUCCUGACUCCAAAGGUCAACAGGAAAAGUAGAUGCUCCUUCAAAAGCUUUGUUA